CGUCCAAUCAGGUGCGAGGAGACGGCGGCUCGUAAUUUUGAACCUCGGGCUCCUCAGCUCGGAGUCAGACCUCGAGCCCCGGCUUCUCAUGGAGGUUUCCAGCUGCUCCCUGCUCGGGUGAAGUGGAAGCUUCGCCUCUGCCUCAUGCGAUCGAGAUGAAUUCUCAUGUGAUCACUCCUGGACCGUACCGAGCCACCAAACUGUGGAAUGAAGUCACCCGUCUGUUUCGGGCUGGCAUGCCCCUCAAGAAACAUCGCCAAAACUUUCGGCACCACGCCUCCUGCUUCACCGCCUCGGCUGCCGUGGACUGGCUGCACCAGCUGCUCCUUAGCAACAGCAAUUUUGGCCCAGACGUCACCAGACAACAGACGCUACAGCUCCUGAAGAAGUUUCUGAAGAACCACGUCAUCGAAAAUGUGAAGGGUCGCUGGGGCACUGAGGACCUGGAGGACAACAACUCGCUCUACAGAUUCCCCUCCACUUCUCCUCUAAAACCGAUUCCCUGUCCAGCUCCAGCCUCCAGCUCCAUAAGGAAAAGACCGUCACUCAGGGACAAGGACGGUUUCUUCAGGUUCAGGAGUUUAAAGAAGCAUGAGAAGGAGACACAAGAAAAUGUGGAUCCUGCUCUCCAAACAGGGGAAGAGAAUCAUCCAACAGGAGAUCAGCAGAUGCAGAGACGAGAGCUGACAGUGGAGGACGAACAGGACAUCUGGAGAGACAUCACCCUGACCCACCUGCAGAGGAUUCUGGGUCUUGCGUCUCUUGAAGAGGUUUUAAACCAGCGUCAUGUAAACCCCCACAACAUCAUCCACAAUAUGACCAAAGUCAACAAGCACGGAGUGGUCACACUGGACGACAAGACCAAUGACCUUCCACACUGGGUCUUGUCUGCCAUGAAGAGUUUGGCCAACUGGCCAAAGUACGACAGUGCUCAGCCGUCCUAUCCCGGCUUCGAGAGGGAUGUCUUCAAAAAUGUGUCCGAUUAUUUCUACAGCCUCCCACAGCCGUUACUCACGUACGAACUGUACGAACUGUUUAUCAACGUUCUGGUGUUUUGUGGGUACGUCGCAGCACCCACUACGCACCAACCUGGGAAACGCAAGAAGCCUGACCUUCCCUCAGCGCCCCCUCCAGCCAAGGCAUCGUUUCGCUCCACCGAGUGUCUCCUCCUGUCACUUCUCCGACAGGGGACGUGCGAUGAGGGCGAGUCGCCCAUGAGAGAUGUGCUUGGCGGGAAGCUUCAGUCUCGGAUGGCGGCGCUAAAGGGAGGUGGCGCCGGCGACCCUCAGUUUGGUGGCAGCUGCACGAGCCUGAGUACACUUGUUUCCACGAGACCUCAAACCAGGAGUUGCUCGCUGGAAACCAUCCUCAGUGACUCUGCUUCUCUCACCCGGCAACAGCUGUUCCUGUCCAAUGACAGCCUGGCGUCCUGCAGCAGGAGCCACAAUGACAGUUCCGCCGUCACCACACCUCACAGUGACUUUGCCCCCGUGACCAAAGCAACCCCCGUCACACGUGAACCUGCUCCAGGAGUUAAAACAAGGAACAGACUGUCAGUCGCACAGAGGCUCCACCCCCUGCGGCCGCGCAGCGUCGGCAGCUGUCUAGAUAUUGUCAUAGAAACCAGGGAGGAGGAUGACAAAGAGACCAACUGGCAGGGCCGAGCAGCGAGCUGCCUCAAUGUAAACGCUCCUACAGACCGGCAGCACUUCUCCGCAGCUUCACGUCCUUCCUCGUCCUCCUAUCGUCCCUCCUCCUCUUCUUUUCAUCCUUUCUCCUCCCUCUCUUCAACGGCUUUGGCCAAAGCACAAGAGGCUCGUGCUACUGCAGGACCCAGCGGGCCCAGACCCGCCUCCAGUACUUCUAAUCUCUGGAUGCCGCCUGCCCCCGCUGUUGUCCGCCGCUGCCUCAGCUCUCUGGACGUGUCCAAGCUGCCUCGACCUGUUUCACUGUUCAAACGUCCUGUCUGUGUCCCCGCCAGCAGCUCUCACCCCCCUCAACCCAAACCUGAGCACAGUCUUCUCCAGUCUCACUGUGAGCGCGUGGCCAUCGAGGCCCUGCAGCUCUGCACCCUUCUCCUCCCCCCCACCUCCCGCAGGAAGUUGCAGCUCCUCAUGAGGAUGAUGUCACGCAUCAGCCAGAACGUGGACAUGCCCCGCCUCCACCCCGCCAUCGGCACCCGAACACUGAUGGUUCACACGUUUUCAGGCUGCGUCCUGGGCAGCGCUGAGGAGUGUGACUUGGACGAACUGUUGGCCACCAGACUGGUGUCGUUUCUAAUGGACCAUCAGCAGAGCAUCCUCUCAGUCCCAGAGUACCUGCUCAGUGCCAUCAAUGACCACAUACAGUACCUCCGCACAGCACAGGUCCCCAUCGACACUGGUUUCAGUGUGGACGGCAGCGAUCUGGUCAGCAUUCCGGUGCCCGUGUUCGCGUUCUGCCAUCAGAUUAGCGGAGCUGAGUUUGAGAAGCAAAAGCAGGCGUCUUCCCAGAAGGCCAUGGAGGAUUUACUGGAGAUCCUGCUGACGGACCCAAACAUCAGUGAGAAGGACAGACGCAAGAAGCUGAAGCAGUUCCAGAAGCAGUACCCAGACAUCUACAGUCAUCGGUGCCCCGCCUCUGACAGGGAGAACAAGAGAGACAGCAAGCCAAAGAUCAAACCCGCCCUCCUCAACAUCAAGAAAACCAAAGCUUUCAGCAUCAGGAACUAAGUUUCACCGAGAGUCGACAGAGAAGCUCCAGUCAACACGACGCCUGUGCUGCACUGAUGCUGCGACUCCUGAGAGAGCAUUCUAAACUGUCAUUACAUUGGAACCCUGUUGGUCUUGUUGUGUCUCAGUUAUGUGGCUGGAGGACUUCAUGUUUGUGUCGUGUGCGUGUUUGUGACGUGUGUGUGUGCGUGUUCAGUAAGAUGAAGGCAGGCGAACAGACAGAAGCUCAGAAGAGUUCACGUUACUUAGUGUGUUAAAGUUCAGCAGGAUUUUACUUCUGUAAACUCCCCUUUUCCUUCUCACAUCACCUUCCUCUUGUGUAUUGGUAGGUAAUACUGACGUGUGUGUGUGUAUUCAGUGUGCAUUUUGGGAAAAAUAUGCAAGUCUGGGAUCACUGGUACACGUGGGAGUAACUAGAUUAUAGAUUAAUUUAUAUGAUGAUGUCAUUUGGAGCAGUGCUAACGUAUGAAGUGUAUUUUGUAAUAGUUCCUGUUUUAUAGAGUUAACAAAACAUUUUCAUAGAUUCUCAAGUUUUAUCUGAAGGAUAAGGUUUCGUGUUUCUUCUUAGUUUUGUGUCUGUGUAUGAUUUUAGCAAGUUUACUCUUUUUAUUUAAAGAUGCUCCACAGAAGGGAUUUUCUCAUAUAUUUGAUUUCUGGUUUCGGAGAUCCCCUCGCCCGUUUUGGUUCUUGUACAUAGUUCGUCCCUGCUGUUUACUGGACAGAGCAGUGUUUCCCACUGGGGUUGUGCUGUGAACGACCAGUGAGGUAACGUCAAACGGUUAAUUUAUACAUAUUUAAUGAAUAUCUGACUCCCUAAAGAAGACUUUUACCCGUGUUGCUUAUAAUGAGCGGAGCUGAUGUCGAUUGGGUUUUAAAUUGAAGUGUAACACGGAGCCCCCCCCCCCCUCUUGUUCUAUAUGAAGUAUUUGUUCCGCCCUGGUACGUGUUUGUCUGAUACCUCAGAUAUGAUGUGUUUUAAGUGUAGACACUCAUCAGUGUUUUUGGUGAAGACCUUUACAGAGGAAUGUUAUUUUACUCUUCCUCAUUGUUUACUAUGCAAAGUUCUGGGAAAUAAACCUUCUUUUUC